AUGGCCAAACUGCCUUCCAGUGUGACAGCUGCACCAGGUCACGUUCUCACGGGCCGGAGAGUAACUGGGUAUUUUGUUAAUAAAAGUAAUGCAAGGUGGUUUUGUCCCCUGGCAGUUAAAAUAAGUGAUUAUAAACCCUAUGCAUCAGAAAGACCCCUGUGGAGAGAGGGGAUAGACGGCUACAAUCUCAUCCCCGUGACUCACUUUAUCCUCAGGGGGCUCUCUGACCUCCCCGAGGUGCGCUGUCCUCUCUCUGUGGUCUUUGCCGUCACCCACCAGGUCACCUUGGUGGGAAAUUGGGCCAUUCUCUUGGCCAUCGGAAUGGAGAAGAGGCUGCGCACACCCAUGUAUUACUUCCUGGCCAAUCUGUCCCUCUUAGACAUAUUGUGCCCAUCAGCUACUGUCCCCUGGAUGCUGGACAACCUCUUGACUGGGAAUCACAGCAUUUCCUUCCUGGACUGUGCUUUGCAGCUUUAUUUCCUGGUGGCCCUGGUGGGGACUGAGGUCUUCCUUCUCACUGUCAUGGCUUAUGACCAGUACAUGGCCAUCUGCUUCCCCCUCCAUUACACCCUCAUCAUGACCAAGGCUCGCUGUGCCCAGCUGGCAGCAGGGUUUCUCCAUUCCCUCCUCCAUACGGUAUCCACCUUCCAGCUGUCUUUCUGCAAGUCCAAUCGGGUUAACCAGUACUACUGUGACAUCCCCCCAGUGGUGGCCCUCUCCUGCUCAUCCACCUACAUGGCAGAAAUGCUUGUUUUAGUGGUAGGAGGUGUCUCGGGAAUUGGUGCCUUCCUAACCACCUUCAUCUCUUACAUUUACAUCAUAUCCACCAUCCUAAAGAUCCAGUCACUGGAAGGGAAGCAAAAAGCCUUCUCCACAUGUGCCUCCCGCCUCCUGGUGGUCUGUUUGUUCUAUGGCACAGCCAUCUUCACCUACAUUCAUCCCUCUUCAAGUCACCACUCCCCAGACAGGGACAGACUCAUCGCCAUGCUCUAUGGGGUUAUCACCCCAAUGCUAAACCCUAUGAUCUACAGCUUGGGGAACACAGAGGUGAAAGGGGCACUCGGCAGGGUCCUAUGUCACUGA